AUGAACGAAGACAGCCAUGGUCGAGUGCGUCUGGGAGACAGAAUCGACGCCCUGCUAGCGAACAGCUCCCCCCGCUCAAGCUCAGACUCGGCCUCUUCCCUCGACAGCCCGACCGCGCGCACGACGAACAUGCGGCGCGCCCUCCCGACCGCAUCGCAGUCCAAGGCGCCUGUGCUGCGCUGGCUCAGCAACCUCACAAACAGUAACAGCCAGCCCCCGUCCCCAGCCCGCUCCUCCCUCAGUCUCAAUCUCCAGCCGCCCUCUCCCAGUCUGUCUUUGCUCAACGAAGCACUAAACACGCCGCUGAUCCUCCCGUCGCCCAUCAUUCCACGGCCACCACUCGCAAAGCUACCACCGUCCUUUCGCGCCGCCCACAAUGUCACCCAUCCACCGCCCUUCUUCGAUAACCUCACCCGCUCAACUCUCCCAACAUCCUCGCUCUCCCCUCCUCCAACUGUGUCCACCCAUCCUGUACCCCAAGUCGACCUCGCACGACCACCACCUAUUGUCCUCAACCACUCACCUCCGUCGCGUACGUCUCUCGACUCUCUACGGUCCCUCCAUACACGCUCGAUGACCACCUACUCCAUAACAUCCAUAACAUCCCUCGACUCAGUCUCCCAGAAGUCCUCGACGACAACGUCCGCGUCCUGGUGGUCAUUCCAGCAAUUUACCAAGUCCAAUAAGGACGCUCUGCUUGCAGAUGAGGAUCGUCCACAAACUCAGCAACAGCAGCAGGAUCUGAAGAAUAAAUACAUCUCUCCAAACAACCCCAUCGUCUUCUGUCAUGGUCUACUCGGUUUCGACUCCGUCACCAUCGGGCCCACAAUAGCUCCUCUCGAGGUCACCCACUGGCGCGGAAUAAAGGAAGUCCUGGAGGAGAACGGUACAGAGGUCCUGAUAACGCGCGUGCCGGCCACGAGUAGCCCUGCGGACAGAGCGAAGGUCCUGGAAGAAAAGAUAUCAUCGGUAUACCCUGGACGGAGCGUUCAUCUAAUCGGUCAUAGCAUGGGCGGCCUCGACUGCCGCUACCUAACCACCCACCUCACCCACCGCAAGUUCAAAGUCCUCUCCAUAACCACCAUCGCCACCCCGCACCGCGGGUCCUCCUUCGCCGACCACUUCCUCUCCACCGUCGGGCGCACCAACAUGCCCUCCGUCCUCUCCCUUCUCGACCUCCUACCCAACGGCGGUGGGGAUGGGAAGGCGUUCGAGUGCCUGACCCUCGCGAGCAUGCGUAGAUUCAAUGAGGAGACCCCGGAUGUGGAGGGCGUGCGGUAUUUCAGCUGGGGGGCGGUGUAUGAACCGGGGUUGAUCGAUACUUGGAAGUGGCCACAUACCGUUAUCCUCGAGCGCGAAGGUCCAAACGACGGCUUAGUCUCUGUAGAGUCAUCCAAAUGGGGCACAUACCUCGGCACCCUCUCUCAAGUGAACCACCUCGACCUCGUCGGGUGGAUCAACACCGCACGGUACAAAUGGGCAGAGAUGAUGGGCAAGGAGAUCAAGUUCCGCCCUGCGACGUUUUAUAUGGGUAUUGCGGAUAUGCUGGCACGGGAGGUGGAGGGGUUGGAUGAGGGUGAGGGUGAGAUUGUGGGUAGGGAGGAGGGUGCAGAUGGGAGGUUGACGGACUCGCCGAAAGUUGGGGCUGGGGCCGAUCUUGAGGGGAGUGAGCUUGGGGAGUCGGCGCAGACUGUGGUGCCGAAGAAGGAGAAGGAGGCGUCGAAGGAGCCACGGGAAAAGGUGGUGGAUAAGGUGGACAAGGAGCGCGCGCAGAUGGUCGACAGCUUGGACGCUGCAGGCGCAGAGAUACAGCAGCCUAGCAGCGGCAGCAGUCGUACCGCUACUGCCAGCAAUGGACGGCCUUUGGGAUCGCAAGCAAAAUCGGCAUCGGCAUCGACAUCGCAAUCGCAAACACGGACAGCAUCGUGA